UUUAGAGGUGUUGUUUCCGAGGGACCGUGAAGGCAACGUGGCAGCAGAGCACACACCAGCUGGGAGCUCAAUGAAGCAGUCCAAUUCGCUUUUAUAUUUCAGUUUUUGGAGUCAUGGCAAAACAGUACGACAUUCUGUUCAGGCUGCUCGUUCUCGGAGACUCCGGGGUUGGAAAAACCUGCAUGCUGCUCAGGUUCACGGAGGGGGAAUUUGAUCCUUCCCAUAUUUCCACCAUCGGAGUUGACUUUAAGAUGAAAACAGUAGAGAUAGAUGGCAUCAAGGUGCGCGUACAGGUCUGGGACACGGCCGGUCAGGAGCGUUACCAGACCAUUACCAAACAGUACUACAGACGGGCGCUGGGUAUCGUGUUUGUGUACGACAUCACAAACCAGUCAUCCUUCCAGCACAUCGCAAAGUGGGCCAGUGAUGUGGAUGAGUAUGCGACAGAGAAGGUGCAGAUGAUCUUGGUUGGAAACAAAGCCGACGAUGAGCACAGGAGACAAGUGUCAACAAAUCAAGGAUGCAAGUUGGCUGAAUCAUACGGGAUGGAGUUCUUUGAGACCAGCGCUUCAACAAGCAGCAACAUUAAUGAGGCUUUUACCCGUUUGACGGAACUAGUGCUGCAGGCUCACAAGAGAGACCUGGACAACCUGUUGGGGUCUCUAGAUUACUAUUUGGACAACGCUGCUCAAGAGGAAGAGGAGAGAGAUGCAUCCCAGAGUGAGGUCCCCUCCGGCUUCAUCCAGAGUGCCAGCGCAGCAGCCGAGAUGACGUUCAUCGCCAAGACCUUUUACGACCUGAGGGCCACCUCGCUGGAGGGAGACCCGGUGGACUUCAAUGUCGAACUCAACCAGCUGCAGAGCAAGUACCCCCAUCGGCUGGUGGUCCUGGGUUUCCCCUGUAACCAGUUUGGAUACCAGGAGAAUUGCAACAACGGUGAGAUCCUGAAUUCCCUGCAGCAUGUGCGUCCAGGUCAUGGUUUCAAACCUAACUUCCACAUAUUUGAGAAAUGCGACGUCAAUGGAGCAAACACACAUCCUGUCUUUGCCUACCUGAAAGACAAACUGCCCUAUCCUGAUGACGAUCCCAGCUCCCUCAUGCAAGAUCCCAAAUUCCUCAUUUGGACCCCCAUCAACAGGACGGAUAUCUCCUGGAAUUUUGAGAAAUUCCUCAUCGGCCCAGAAGGAGAGCCCUUUAAAAGAUACAGCAAAAAAUUCCCUACCAUUGACAUAGAGCCUGACAUUCAAAGACUAUUGAGAUUAACCAAGACCUAAGUAUAGCCUCUCCCUUCUAAUGGCUUCUCAUCCAUAAGUGUCAGGGUUGACAUGUCCUCAUCCACGCUUUUGAGCCUUAAUAAAUGAAGGUGAUAUUCUGAAAAGCUGAGCGAAUAUCAUCUGAGGCCUUGUAAGUGCUUAACAGUAGUGGAUUAAUUAAUUAUUUGUAUAUUCCAGCCAUGUGGAAAUAAGAGAGUGCAUUUUUUUAGUAGAAUCUGUUAAUAAGAGAUGCUUAUGUAACGUCUCUCUUUAUUUCUUGUCUUUUACUCUUCUUGCCAGCAGAUGGUGCCACUCAUUUAAUCAUUCAAAUGAACGGCUUUAUGAAUUAAAAUUCAACACACACACAAUGUUGGCACUGAAAUAAAAACUCUAAAAUCC